ACGAAGAAAGCCAAGUUUCAUAAUUUGUUUGGCUCUCCUCCACUUUUGUAGGCUCCCCCCGUCCAAACAAGAAGUUGGACCCGAUAAUCGCCCCUCGGAGAAAGAGAAUAUGAAUCCUCUUUCCUCCUUUCUCCUCACUUUUCUUCUUCUUCUUCUUCCUCCGCAUAUCACCUUAUCUUCUCCUUCACGCGCCUCCAAAGUCUUCGAAGCGUGGUGUAAACAGCAUGGCAGAACGUACUCUUCGGAAGCUGAAAAGCUCUACAGGUUUCGAGUGUUCCAGGACAACUUUGACUUUGUUACGCAGUACAACGAUAUGGGCAAUUCUUCUUAUACCCUCUCUCUAAAUGCCUUUGCCGAUCUCACCCACCACGAGUUCAAGGCCUCCCGCUUGGGAUUCUCGCCCGCUGGUAUGAGUCUCAAUCGGCAGCGUCCGUUUCGAGGGCCCGGUUCUGUGGUCCGUGAAAUUCCUUCGGAGAUGGAUUGGAGGAAGAAAGGGGCAGUGACCCAUGUCAAAGAUCAGGGGAGUUGCGGUGCUUGCUGGUCAUUCUCGGCUACCGGAGCGAUUGAAGGUAUAAAUAAGAUUGUCACUGGAUCUCUUGUCAGCCUCUCAGAACAGGAGUUAGUUGAUUGUGACAGAUCUUUCGAUAGCGGUUGCGAAGGCGGGCUCAUGGACUAUGCAUAUCAAUUUAUUAUAGAUAACCAUGGCAUUGACACUGAGGAUGAUUACCCUUAUCAAGGUCGUGAAAGGUCCUGCAUUAAGGAGAAGUUAAAAAGGCAUGUUGUGACGAUUGAUGGCUACACUGAUGUGCAAACAAAUAAUGAGAAACAACUACUGCAAGCCGUAGCAACGCAACCAGUGAGUGUAGGCAUAUGCGGCAGCGAGAGAGCAUUUCAGCUGUACUCGAAGGGGAUAUUCACUGGCCCAUGUUCAACUUCUUUGGAUCAUGCUGUAUUGAUUGUAGGGUACGGUUCAGAAAAUGGUGUAGAUUAUUGGAUAGUGAAGAACUCAUGGGGAACACGUUGGGGAAUGGAUGGCUAUGUUCAUAUGCUGCGUAAUAGUGGCAAUUCACAAGGGCUAUGUGGUAUCAACAUGCUGGCUUCGUAUCCAACCAAGACAAGGCCAAAUCCUCCUCCCCCACCUCCCCCGGGCCCCACUAGAUGUGAUAUUUUCACUUACUGUGGAGAAGGGGAAACCUGCUGUUGUGCAAGGCACCUUCUUGGAAUCUGCAUUUCAUGGAAAUGUUGCGAGUUGAAUUCUGCCGUUUGUUGCAAGGACCAUCUUCACUGUUGUCCUCUUGAUUAUCCCAUUUGUGACACAAAAAGGAUCCAAUGCCUCAAGCGAGCUGGGAAUGGUACAAGAAUGGAAGCACUUGAGAGGAGAAGCUCUUCUGGGAAGUCAGGCAGUUGGAGUUCCAUUGUUGAGGCUUGGAUUUUGUAGAGUUAAUUCUUCAGUGUACCAGUGGGUAAUGUUAUUUUUUUUACACAAUGUUGUAUAAGGUGUAUGAUUCACCACGCAAAUUCCUUAUGUAGGUUGAAUAGAUCGGUGUUGUAUACACAGGAAGCCCUAUUGUUCUCAAAUUUGAAACCGGAUGACUGACUAGUGCCAAAACUUUGUGCUGAACUUGAA